ACUCUAGCAGGUAUCCGAUGAGUAAUGCGCCAUACAGCCUUCUACGCAGCUCCUUCCAUUUCAUCUAGAAGUUACCGAUACCAAGUUGGUUCUAAACCAGAAAGUGAUGUGCGGCCCAUAGAUCCCUCUCCUUUUCACUUUUCCCUCCUGCCUACAUAAACCCCUUCCAUCUCUCUUCCUCAAUCACUUCCUGAACAUCGCCUUCCUAAAACCACUCUCCAACCCCAACUUCCCGUUUUCUUGCCCUGCAGUCCAAAUUUUUGUCUUUCCGGAAGGAACAAAAGCUUCUUCUCAAAUCCCCUUUUUCUCCCCAGCAAAGAAGAUGUGCGGCGGAGCGAUUAUCGCCGACUUCAUUCCCCGCAACCGCAGCGCCACUGCCGCUGACAUCUGGCCCAAGACUUCCAUCAGCAACAAGAUCAGCCCUUAUGAUCCCUUCCCGUCCAAAAGAUCCCAACCCUCUUCAGGUGGUGGGCGAUCGGCUAACGAGUUACACACGGGCGUAAAGAGGCAGAGGAAGAACCUGUACAGAGGGAUCCGGCAGCGUCCAUGGGGGAAAUGGGCGGCCGAGAUUCGCGACCCGAGGAAAGGGGUUCGUGUCUGGCUCGGCACCUUCAACACCGCCGAGGAAGCGGCUCGUGCCUACGACAGAGAAGCCGUCAAAAUCCGCGGGAAGAAGGCGAAGGUCAAUUUCCCCAACGAAGAUGCCGCCGACUGUUGUUACUCGGGAAAUCUGCCGAUCGAUGCAAUUGUUAGCAUCCCCCGUGCUAAUAAUUCCGGGUUCCGCUACGACCUCAACCAGAUCGAGGCCUAUCUUUCCAAUGCUUCCGACGAGGAGGACAAUUAUUCCGGGUCGGCUUCGGACGACUUGAACCGAAACGUGAAUGAUUACAAUCGCGGUCACGGCAGCAGUAAUUGUCUAUUGGAAGCCGUCAAGGAAGAAGAACCUGAGAAAUUAACGUCGGAGAACAAGAAAGUGACGCCGGUGGUGGUGGAGGAGGAGGAGCCGACGGAGGUACAGAAGCUGUCGGAGGAGCUGAUGGCGUACGAAAACUAUAUGAAGUUCUAUCAGAUCCCGUAUCUCGAUGGGCAGUCGGCGACUCAGAGUGCAGCCGAGGAGAGCGUCGUCGGAGAUCUCUGGAACUUCAACGACGACGAGGACGUCGUCCCUGCUGUCGCGGCUGCCGUUUAACCUUUCACGGUGGCAGCCUGCUAGUUUGGAAUUUGAUUUCGUUUUGUUGCGUUCCCAAUUUGAUUCGUUCUGUAUAAAUUUCAGAAACCCCGCACGUUUCCAUUUUCCGUGUUUUUAUCCCAAAAAAAAAAAAAAUUGUAAGUUUGAAUGAUCGUUCAAUUUCAAGUAUGG